AUGGAGAGGAUCAUGAAAGCGCAAGCUUUCAGUAGCAUGGGUGGUUACAUGUCCAGCAAGAAGACGAUGGAGAUUAAUCCAGAGAAUGCGAUCAUGGAAGCUCUGAGGAAAAGAGCUGAAGCUGAUGAUAAGAAUGACAAGUCUGUGAAGGAUCUUGUUCUUCUCCUCUUUGAGACUGCUCUUCUCACUUCUGGUUUUAGCCUCGACGAACCUAACACUUUCGGGAGCAGAAUCCAUAGGAUGUUGAAGCUUGGAUUGAGCAUUGAUGAUGAUGAUGUUGUUGAAGUUGAUGAAGAGAUGCCUCAGCUUGAAGAUGAUGCUGAUGCUCAAGAUAGCAAGAUGGAGGAAGUUGAUUAA